UUGGAAUCGGUCUUCAGUAGUUUUUGGCUUCGACAACAAAAAACGACAGCCAUCUCGAAGGCUCCAGAUUUGCUCAGUUGCAAUUGCUUAACGCUUCGCCUAGCUUAUUAUGCCAACGCUUCGAAAGACCUGAAAACCCAGCCAACCUUAUAUACUGCGCUCACGAUUCCAACGAGAAACAGUUGCUUGAUAACCUUGCUCGCCUUGAUUUUGAAUAUCACGACCGAGAAGAAGAGGAUCAGCUUGAAGAAGACGAGACAUACGAAGCUACCACAAAAGAGGCGUUUGCAACUGUAAAUUCAUAUCUUGCUUGGGAGUGCCUGUAUCCGGAAGGCAUAGAUAUGGCCGCCUUAUCGCCCCUGGAUAUUAAUGCCAAUCUCAGGCCUCGACAGGCUGCGCACAAGGAAAGAACCAAAGCCCCGCCAGCCAAAAUUUCGUCGAGAGAGAAAGACCAUCCCCCACCACCUCCCGCUGAGGUUUACGAGCCUCCGAGUUCUGAUCGCCCAAAUGGAGCAACAUACACAACUGGAAAAUUGCUGGGGAAGGGUGGCUUUGCGAUUUGCCAUGAUGGUGUCCUGGCAGGCACAAGAGAGAAGUAUGCUCUGAAGAUAGUGAAGAGCAUCAUGCCACAAAAGAAGAUGGAGCAAAAGUUUCAAACGGAACUGCAAAUCCACUCCAAGAUGAGACACGCCAAUAUCGUUCAAUUCCACAGGGCUUUCACCUACCAAGAAAGUACAUACAUAGUACUUGAGCUAUGCCCAAAUGGCUCCUUAAUGGACAUGGUGAAGAAGCGAAGAUUCGUUACCGAGCCAGAAGUCCGCUUUUAUACAAUUCAAAUUGCUGGAGCUAUCAAAUAUAUGCACUCGAAGGGCAUUAUUCACCGAGAUCUGAAGAUGGGAAACAUUUUCUUAGAUAAAGAUAUGAACGUCAAGGUUGGAGACUUCGGCCUUGCUGCAUUGCUCAUGUCUGGGAAGGAUAUGACUGCGUGCCGAAGAACCACACUCUGUGGGACACCCAACUACAUCGCUCCGGAGAUCCUAGAAAAGGGAAAAGGGGGCCACGACCAUGCAGUCGAUAUUUGGAGUUUGGGUAUUAUCAUAUUUGCCAUGCUCACAGGCCGCCCACCGUUCCAAUCCACUACGCAGGAAGAAAUAUACAGAAAGGCGAGAGAGCGCGAAUACGACUGGCCUUCAUUGGACAAAACUAAUAACUAUAUCUCCCAAGAAGCUAAGGACCUGGUAGCACUCCUCCUCCAAAGCCCAGAAGAGCGUCCGGAUUGCGAUACCAUCGUUCAGCAUCCAUUUUUCUCCAGUGGGUGGGUCCCACAGGAGGAAGAAAUGACGCCUUCCCUCAGGGAAAAUUCUCCUGACCCAAACCAAUUUGCUACUCUCAGCCUUCGCGGAGGAAGGGCAAGCCUAUAUGCCAGGAAUCUAAAGGCCCUUUGCGUAAAGAGUGAUGUUGGGCCUUGGAGCACGACUCAAAAGGUGCAUUCGAGCACUUAUAGGGAGGUUGCAGCAGAAGAGAAGGCAGGCCUUACACCAGCGGUACCUCUGGCAGACAACGUUGUAUACCGGCCAUUUGACGAGGUAGUAUGGGAGCAUAAAGCGACUUUUGCACGGGAAGAAUCUAGAGCGGAAACCAAGUCUAAGGCAUACGACCAGAAACCGCUUACACAUCGGCCAGUUACCCUGGCAGCCGCAUAUAAAACUGUACCACGGAGCUUCGCGGCUCAGCAACGCGCCCAGAACCAGCCGCCAACUAUUUCGGCAACAGCUCGCCGGCCUAGAGCACAGGCCGAAUCCGGGCCCAGCACACGACGAGCAACUCUUGACCAAGCGUCUGAGGAGGAGCAGACCUCCACCGAAACUAGGACUAGGACAAGAAGAGAGGGCAAAGGUAAAGGCGUUUCCGAGUCAGUCAUGGCAACCGAAGCACGUCUAGGCGCAGACAUGGUACAGCAGCUGGGGAAAUCAAGAUCGGAGACUACAGCGCCGGCUGUAAAGUCCUCGUCCCGUGAUCCAGGCAUUGCUUCCAUAUUCAGCCCUUCUGAGAAUGCUGAAUUUCUUCACCGCUCCAAGCCGAAACACGUCACUAAGAGCCUUCAAAUUCUCUAUACAGAGAUCGAACGCACGCUGAACAGUAGAUCAGUUGGGCCGGCACUGGAAGGGCCCGAUUCCGAGCCAACUAUAGUUGUGAAGUGGGUUGACUACACCAACAAGUUUGGAUUGGGCUACAUUCUGAAUGACGGAGGUGUCGGAUGCAUCUUCAAGUCUCUACCUGUCUCUGGUGAUCCGAAUACCCAGGUUCCGCCUACUUGUGUCGUCGUUCGAAAUGCCGAGAAGCACCUUCAAAACCGACGCAAUCCCAACUAUCCUGAUAGAAACCAGCUUGUGCCGGUUUCAGGAGCGGACAUUGAGUUCUUCGAAAACAAUGGCGACGAAGGGAUCUCCUGUGUUAAGGUUAACCCCCGUGCAUUUGCAGCAAGCGAGGAAUAUGGCGUGGCAGGAAAAUUAAGCCGAGGAAAGGACGAGUGGGAAGACAGAAAGCGUGAGAAGAUCGUUCUUUGGAGGAAAUUCGCAAACUAUAUGACAGUAUUUGGCCGGGACCAAGAUCACCCAUACGAUGACGCCCUCAACAGACUGUCGCUGGAUGACGACUCGGACUCCUCGGACCUCAAUAAAAGCAACGUGGUUACAUUUUAUCAGCGUUUUGGCGAUGUUGGGUGCUGGGGAUUCCUCAAUGGUUCUUUCCAGUUCAAUUUCCCAGACCACACAAAAAUACUUCUUUCGGCAGAUGGAACUUGGUGCGACUUCUAUCACCUUCCUCUUGAGGCAGCACGCGAUUUAGCACUCACCGGCAACUUGCCCAGCGCUGCGCUAGAUGAUCGCCAACAUCUCUCUUUCCCACUACAAGCUUUCUUGAACUUCAUGACAAAGCCUUCCACACGCAAUGGCAUGACAAGUCGUCGCCGCGGCAUCCAGGUUGACCCGAUGAUUCAGGGCAUCCCGGCUGCAAAUGACUUCCGUCGUAAGGUUGAGUUCAUCAAGGCCAUCGUUGAAGAGUGGAUCACAAAUGGUGGAAUUGGCCGGAGCGCAAUGGAGCCAGAAAGCCGAUUGAGGUGGCUUGGAAACAGAGAGCUUGUUAAUGUCAAGGUUCCGUUUAAGCACGUCUGGGUUACAGUCGGAGCGUACGGUGGAGAUGACCGCCGAGUUGCGUGGUUUGACCCGAGGGAACCAAGCCAGGUUGUGCCAGAUAUUGAAGCUUGAUCGACGUGCGACGACCUAAUGUUAAUGACAUGACAGCAAAGGGCUGGGGUGUUUUUUUUUUUUUUUUUCGACUUUUUCCUUAUCAUGUGGAGAAGGCGCUGGUUGGCGGAGUAUAUGGAUGCAUGGAAUUAUGGUGUUUCGGAGGCGUUGGUCAUUGUUAGGAGUACGAAAGCGCGCAUUAUUCCGCGAAAUGGAACUUCAUAGCCUUAUAUAUAGGAAUUGAUUGUCUCUUAAAUUAUUACCAUAUGAUAUUGGUUAUUGGCCUGGUCUCAUCACAUUGAG